AUGUCCAAUCCUAGUCAUUUUGCCCUCCUGAUCGGCGUGGAUUUUUACAUCAAGAAGCCCCUGAACAGCUGUGUUCGAGAUGUCGAUUUACUGGAGACAUACCUGAAAACUCUUCAGCGGGAUAAGAGGCUCGACAUCUUGGAGAUUACCAGACUAACGGCGAGCAACCCGACACAUCAGGGGCCCAACCCACACAAACCACUGGAGGGUGAUGAAUCUCUACCGACCCUACAGAACGUUAGAAAUCAUCUUGCCCGCAUCACAUCAGAAUCUACCGAAGAUGAUUAUGUCUUCGUUCACUUCUCUGGGCAUGGCACAGUCUUGCCCCAGGGUGCACUGGCGCUUGUUCUUUUCGGAUGCGAAGACCAUAAUGGACGACUGCGGGACUACCUCACUGGUGACGAAUUAGCAAAUUCUCUUAGCAAUAUGGUCAAUAAGGGUGUCAAAGUCCUCCUAGCCCUUGAUUGUUGCUUCUCGGGCAAGAUAUCCCGUCGAAGCCUGCCAGAUCCAGAGCGAUACAUUCCUUUUAUCAGCUUUUCUGAUGCUGAGAGUGUCGAAAGGCCGCCAGAACGUGCUCCUCUGGGUGCCACAUAUAGUGAUGCAACUGUCCGAGGCGUGUCGGCGCGUGAAAACUGGCUUAUGGAUCCCAAGGGCUACACAAUCAUUACGGCGUGCGGACCAACGCAAAAGACGCACGCCCUCAACUUCGGCGGGGGGGAACUCCAUGGCGCCCUUACUUACACUCUCUUCAAAUCGCUUCACAGACUGGGGUCGCUGAAUAUGAGUCAUAUGGCCAUCUUCCAGUUCAUCUGCGCCAGAUUCAAAGCUAUGAAGUCUGACCAGACCCCUCAACUAAAGGGGAGUGGCGACUUUUCAUUUUUUGGACAUUUGCAAGGGUCGGACGAUGCCUUCUUCCCCUUGGUCGUCUUCAAAAGCGGAAAGAUUAUGGUCCAGGCAGGGGAGAUCAUGGGAGUUCAUGAGAACGACAAGCUAGUUUUGACUCCGCUGAGUACCUUCACCGAUGAAGCUUGGGACAGCACAGAUGUGCUUGCAACUGUCCAAGAUGUGGGCGGAGUGACAGCCAAUGUCAAACCCAUCAGCCCUCGCUCAAAGAUCGAUGCUGGGUGGGUAGCCAGACCGCUCAAACUGUGCCAGCAGGUUUCGACUACGACAGAUGGGGCAGCAAACCGAUCGAGUCAGGGGAGAUACUUGCAAGAGAAUUCAGUGUUCCUACCCAACUUCACAGAAGCCACGGCACUUUUUAAAGCCAAAAUCAACGACCAGGGCGGAUUUGACAUACAAGAUAGUCAGGGGCAACGAGUGGACUUUGAUGGACUCUCGCUACUACCGGCUCAUUCCCCAACCACCCGCCCUCAGAUCCUUCGUGUUCUGGCAUACCUUACAAGAUACCACGAGAUUAUCAAUAUGAAGCCUUCUACAGAGAAUGAGACACUUCGAGCCGACGUCGACGUCAAGAUAUGCGACGAGUCGGGGGCUCCGUUUCCAGACACCAGAGAAAUUAACGUGAAAAACGACGAACAAAUUUGUCUGUCUAUUGUCAACAAUGGCGAGGAUCCGGUGUUUGUGCACAUUCUUUAUCUUUCAGGAGACUGGGAGAUUGAAAACCUCCUGGCAAACGAGAAUACGCGACUCUUCUCUGACAGCACCAUCACGGGCGAGCGAGAUCUCGCUGAAAGGCAGAUCGAGUUGGUCGUGAGGAUGACGAUCCCAGAACAAAAUAUCCUCCGUGGAGCUCACAGCUGUGAUGAUAUUUUCAAGGUGUUCGUCACCACUCAGCCUGCACCAUUUGCGCACCUAUCCGCGGUUAGACCUCUACUACGAGGGUCGCCGGCCGAAGUCAGAGACAGGUUACGAGACUCUUGGACAGCGUGGACGUUCCACAUUCAUACGGAACUAAAUCAGGCACUCUCUCUUUGA